GCGCUCUUUGUUCUCCCUCCGACUCCAACGGCCGCCAAUUAAUGGAAGGCGCUCCGGCGAAACCAGCCUUGCUUGCCCUCCUUCUCGCGGUCUCCCUUUCCGUGUCUUCCGCCGUGACCGUUCUGGAGGACACCUGCAGCAGCGUCGCGGCAUCGCGCCCCCGCAUCGGCUACGAUUUCUGCGUGGCCUCGCUGCAGGCCGGUGACCCUGACUGCCGCGCCGCCGACCGCCGGGGCCUCGCGGUGGUCGCGGCUCGUCUGUCUCUCUCCCGCGCCGCGGGUGCCUCCGCAGAGAUCGCGCGCAUGGCCGCUGGGGAACGCGAUCCCCCGCGGCGGGAGUGCCUGGGAGCCUGCGCGGAGGUGUACGGACAGGCCUCCGACCACUUGAACCGCGCCGUGCGCGAACUCCGUGCGGGGAGGUACCGCGAGGCCGUAACGUUUCUGAGCGCAGCCGUGGACGCGUCGGAGAAUUGCGAGGACGCAUUCCGGGAGGUCGUCAGCGGAGGCGUCUCGGGCUCGCCGUUGGUGGAGCAGGAUAAGGAAUAUUUCAUGGUGACUGCCAUGGCACUCGCCAUCACAGUGACGCUGUGAUGAGGGCGUGGGAUGGUUUGGAAAUGGAGAUUAUUGAAGGUUAACUAUGAAAAAAUAAUAAUAAUAAAAAGUAUUUCACCAA